CAAUUUUGAAAACAUAAACAUUAAAAAUCCGUCACGUGACUAUACGUCAUGUUUCGUUUCGUUUCAUGAGUUUGCACUUUUUCACAGUGCUGAUGAAACUGUGUGAAAUAAUUCUUUAAACUGACGUGUACAAAAUGGCAUAUAAGCAUAGCUGAAAGCUUUCUCAGGAUGCAUUGAAGUUUAUUCGAGGAUUGAGUCGAAACUGGAGAACGAUAAUCAACCAUUUCAGGAGCAAGCUAACAGGAGCGAAAUCCGGAAGCCCAGUUGUGUCCAUCCUUCCCUUACAAGAUGAUGCGGAACCCACGGCGCGGCGCCAACCUGGGCCUGGUGCUGCUGGCCUCCCAGAUCUUCCAGGUGGGCAUUGACAACAUCCCGCCCGUCACGCUGGCCACGCUGGGCCUGAACGUCUACCUCUUCCUGUUCCCUGCCGCCCCGCUGAUGAGCGCGUGCGUGAGCGUCCAGGAGGCCUACUGGCACAGAGACUGGCGCCGGCUGCUGCUUUCGCCUUUUCACCACGUGGACGAUUGGCACCUGUACUACAACAUGCUCUCGCUCAUCUGGAAGGGCAAGAAGCUGGAGCAACGCCUGGGCGGGCCCUGGUUUGCCUACCUGCUUGGCGUCUUCUCCCUGCUCACUGGAUUGGUCUAUCUGCUCCUGGAGGCGGGGUUAGCGGAACUGACGGGUGACUGGUCCUACGGCAUGCAGUGUGCUGUGGGAUUCUCAGGUGUGCUGUUUGGGUUAAAAGUGGUGAAUAACCAUUACAACCCUGGAGAUGUCACACAUGUCUUGGGCUUCCCUGUGGCCAACCGCCAUGCCUGCUGGGUAGAGCUGGUUGCCAUACACAUUAUAGCACCUGGGACCUCUUUUGUGGGACACCUGGCAGGUAUUCUGGUAGGGCUGCUGUAUACCAUGGGGCCACUCAAGAAGGCUAUGACAACAUGUGCAGGAUUGGUGGCCGCAGGGGGAUUCUCACAGCCGGCUUCACACUUUAGCUCCUCAGGAGUGAGUGGACGGCGAAACUAUCCUGCAUAUGACUCUACUUACCCUCCUCGUGCACCUACUUCCCGGAACCCCUAUCCCCCCCAGAAUCAUUCACACACUAGUGCAUACCCCCCAAACUCACACACUUACACUCACACUGACCCACACCCCCAAAACACACCCAGUGACCCUAACACACACUCCCCAAGUGCACCUCCCUAUGAGGCGCAUCCCUACACAGGAGGCAUGUCUGAAGAGGAGCAAUACCAGGCAGCACUCAGAGCCAGCCUUAAUGACAGAGGGGGCUCUGCUCCGUCCAGACCUGAGUACGGCUUCCAAAUCCCCCCUGAUCCCACCUCCGAGGAGAUCCGCAGGCGUCGUCUACAACGAUUUGCUAAUUGACCACUUUGACGGAAAGGAGCCACAGAACUCUAAGCGGCAGUCUGCUAAACAGACUGGAAAGGAUGUAUGUCACCAGUGCAACAGGGUUGUGUGCAUCCCUAUGGGGGAUAAGAGCAGACCCAAUGACUGAUGGGCCAGCUGUCUAACAGGAGAUAUUUCAAGUUUACAUGCUCUUGAUUUACUUCUGUGUGUAAUUUCCAUGAAGAAUGUCCAGCUUAUGCCGUAUGUCAAAAUGUCAAAAGAUUGAAAGUAUUGCUUUUUGUAUCAGUGAUGGUCUGGUUUGAAUUUAAAUAUUUCUGAUGUUGUUGCCGCCAAGUCUUAAAGUUUUGAAGCUAUCAAUUCAUUAACUCACACUACAAGCUUACCCUCGGGGGAUUUCCACUUCAUAGUUUUGUACACAAUAUCAUCUGCUUAAAAUAGAGGGAGAUCCUGGUGUGUGACAGUCUAUCCAUGUAUUGGUAUUGUUACCCAGAAGUGCCAGCCACACUGUAACACUAGAGAAAAUGGAGGAAAAAGGCCAUGUUGUCCAGGCGGGAGGAUUUAAAGGAAGAUGAAAGAAGACUACAUAAGUUAGUAGGACUUAAAUUGCAGAUGUUGGACAGUGAGUGCUAUGAUAAUAUGAUAUGCUGAAAGCUUGUCAUUAGACUUUUAAUGAUUGCUUUCUAUGCACUACUUUUUGCACUACUUGUUUGUACCACUCCCCCUGCUAGUGUGUGUUGAUCAUUAUCUGUCUAUCUGUCCAUCAGGUUUUCUCAACUUUUUUUUUUAUUGUACAGCACUUUAGUCAACUGUGUUGUUUAAAGUGCUUUAUAAAUCUUGUGCUAUUAUUAUAAAAUAUAUGUAUUUUUUGAAUAAGAUGUACAUAAAUACAUUUUGCAACUUUUA